GUCCUUGAAAGAUACACGACUGAAUCAGGUUCGUCCUUCCGUCAAUUCGCUUGAUGACUUGGCUAACGUCUGCUGAUGUGUGACGUUAACUGCCACGCUGGCCGAGAAGGAAAACGACGCCGUUUUGAGUGGAUGCCCAGAUAGUCAUGAUUCAGCGUCGUUUUGUACGCAGAGUGGAUUCAAAACAAGGCCAACUCCGAGCUCUCUUCUCACCAGAAGAAGAUUUCAAAGUUGAUGACCACAUCGGCGUUGUCAUCGCCGGACUCACCGCCAACGGCCGCGUUCUCUCGCGCUACAUGCGCAACGAAUGCAUCAACUAUUCCUAUACCUACGAGUCUCCUCUUCCCGUUGGACGACUCGUCGUUCAGCUCGCUGACAAGGCUCAGGUUUGCACCCAGCGGUCAUGGAAACGUCCUUAUGGGGUUGGCCUCUUGGUCGGUGGAAUGGAUGAAUCAGGAGCUCACCUCUAUUAUAACUGUCCAAGUGGAAACUAUUUUGAAUAUCAGGCUUUUCGCUAUCUCUGCUGAGACAAUUAAGGGGACUAGUUCAGCCACUGCUAAGAAGCUUGUCAACUUUAUGACCUUCGUUCCUACUCUAGGUUUCAAGCCCCCAAGAAAGACUGAUAAAUGACUUUGAUUGGUGUUGAAAUGUAUUCUGGUUGAAUUUGUUUUUGUGUGAGGAUACUUUAUGUUUUUUUGCACAGGGCAAUUGAACUUCCAUUAUCAACAUUUUGGUUAUCUAUGUAAUUGAAAGUUGUACUAUGCCCUUUUAUUUUGUCUAGCAUACUUUGCUGUGGUUUGUAUCCUCAUGUAAAACCUUUUUAUUUUGCUCCUUAAGACAAUGUGACAACUAGCCUUCCAUGGCAACUCAAUGUUUAAGAGUAC